CACGUGUGGAAAAGUGACAACAAUUAUUUGGGUCUUCACAGACUUUUAUAUCCAAGGUCAUCAGAAAGUUUCCUACCAGACCCCACACCUGAGACAAUGAAGUGCCAACUGCUGUUUCUUCUCACACUGUUCAGUAUUUUUAGUCCUCCAGUUUCAGCUGGCUGCCCAACAUGUGCCGGUGACCAGGAGUGUGUUACCAACAGCUGUGUCUGUAAAAAAUCUCUGUACAACUUAACAGGGAGUCCACCAACCCCUGUCAUUCAGUGCAGCAAUACCAUGAUUUUGUCCAUGCCAAAAUGCCAAAUGGAAAAAGACAGAUACAACUCAACCAACUUACAUCUGGUGGAUUCAGCCUGCCAGUUGAAAGAUCAAAUUGUUGAUGAUCUUGCUCAAAUGGUUUAUAACUGGACGCUUAAGAAUGGAGAGUGUGGCAACAAUUUAAUUGUAAAUUCAACUCAUGUUACUUAUGCCAAUAAAUUGUUCGUCUAUGCCCAAAACACUCUAAUCACCAGCAGAAAUAAUGCUACUUUAUAUUUCUCAUGUUCUUAUCCACUGAACAUGAAAACUUCACUUAAUUUCCCUCUGAAGACCGUUUUUGGGUCGACUGAGAUAUCUGUCCCCAAUGGAGAAGGAAAACUGACUGUCAUCAUGUCAGUUUUUACAGAUUCAGCAUUCUCCCAACAUGUAACUGCUGACUCUGAGUUGAUUGUGGAGCAACCUCUGUAUGUCUCAGUGUUGAUGGCAAGCUUGGAGUCUUUCUCUGUUAAAGUGACAAAUAUUUAUGUCACAGAAACAUCAGAUUCCUCUGUGGAACCAAAAUUGUAUCUACUUCAGAAUGGGUGUAAACCUGAUGGCGUUGGAGCUGAUUUAAUGAGCACAUUACAGAAUGGAAAUAACACUGAAUCACGAUUUAUAAUGAAAGUUUUCAAGUUUAGUGCUACAUCUAGCCUGUAUCUGUUUGCAGAUGUUACAAUUUGUAAUGGCACUUGCAUACCGGACUGCAGUUCCCGCUCAGGUGUUGUUGCUAGAGCAACAGAAUUACAGACUCUCAGUGUGUACCUGGAAUCAAGGGAUACAUUCUCUGCUGCUUCUACUGCAUUUAGCUGUUUCUCCUCACUUUGGACUCUGAACUCAAUUUUGUUCUCUGUUCUCCUCAGUAAAAUCAUGUAGUCCUCCUCUCACAUGGUUCUUGUUCAGUCAGUGAUAAAAAUGAAAUUUUCCUGCUCAUUUACACACCAAUAUGAAAUAAUAUUCCUUGCAUCCUGCUGCAAAUUAUUGGGGAUCAUAUAAAACCUUACUAGUUUUAUUAAAAAAAACAAUGUGAAAAGCAAUUAUUUACGAUGGUGUAUUUAUUUUACUUUUGAUUUUAUUGUAACUGCUAACUUUACUUUCUUUGUUCUGCACUGUUGUAUAGUGUUAUCUGCCAUUCAAUAAAAUUUUAAGCAAUU